AUGGGAACGGAAGUACAAAUGCCGCGGCCUGACGAACCGGAAGCGGAAGCGAAUCCGCAGGAUUCUUCACAGGAAUCUGAAGAAUUGCCGCACGAGCUCACUGUAAAGCAUCCGUUGCAAUACCGGUGGGUGCUGUGGUACCUCAAGCAGGACCGUCUCCGUAAGCGAGACUGGGAAGAAUGCUUGAAAGAAGUAGCAUGUUUCGAAACGGUGGAAGAUUUUUGGGCGUAA